AAACGCCAGCCAGUCAAGCACUUCUCAGCAGUCUUGCUCUGGCACCAUUAUUCCCAAGAAGUCGGAGAACAACGAAGACGUCACAGGCACCAAAUAGAAUUUGGGCUUCCAAAAGAUUGCUACCCCUCCCUCUUCUUGGGCCAAGUGGCCCUCCCACGAUAGAGCCAAGAGAACUAGUACUGCGGGCCCUGAUGACGAUAUGACGCCGAAGGAUUUUGCGGCAGUCCCCGGCACGGAGACAGCGCAGUAUGUUGAGAUCGCCGGCAAGACUUCCAUGCCGAACGUCGUCGAGAUCAAGAAGACUUCUCAGUCCAUGUCGAAGAAGCUUGGGAAGGCCAUGAAGAUCAGCUUGGGGAAGAUGAUGCCGUCCAAGCCUGGUGUCAAGUCGAGUGCUCAACUCGAUUACCCCGAGCUCGAAAUUCUGCCCACCAAGGAAGGAUACAAAGACCUAGAAGCGCUCCAAAAGAGCAUUGAAACCUUGAAGGGCAGUGAGCAUGCCAAGAUGGCCACCAAUCCAGUUCUUGCUAUUGCUGAGUUGGAGGACCAGCCAGCGUCCUCCCUGGACACUCUGCCUGCGCGGCUCCACGAAGCCGAGCAUGCGAGACACGAAUCUGCCAAUGAUACCGCCAAUAUCGUCCAUGAUGAUGUUGUUCUGGAGAGCAAGAACGCUCACAUGGGUGGUACUGAAGCUCCGACUAUCCGGCCCGUUACACCGGCCAACAUGAUCAUGCUUCCUGCGGGAGAUUCCACCACCGCCACGACUGAGCAAUGGGCUACCCCGGCCAGUCGUCUGUCUUUCACCACAGCUCUUGAUGAGAAUGACACAGGUGAUGAUCAGCGGAUCAAUACUUAAUUCUCGCAACACGGUCGUUACCGUUGCUGAAGUAGAGAGGUCCGGUCAUCGACAGUAGUACGGUAUAAUUCCGUGGCGAAGAAGGAUGGAGUACGGCACCUCAACAGAAUUUGGCACACUAUGAUGACGCUCAGGAAGGGCAAGGGAUGUUAUGAAUAAAGGCGGUUUUUUGUGGCUUGGAGAGUCUCGGCAAGAACAUUCAGAUAGGCUACGAGACCAGCUUUUUGUAUGGUAUAGAAAGGGGACGAGGUUUGAAUUUCCCCAAGUGUAUAGUUCUUCCUAGGCAGAAGGUUUCAAGGC